AUGUGCUUUGCAGCAUCUCGAGGAGGAGGAGGAGGGAAGAGAAGGUCGAAGCCUGCAUGCAGCGCCUGGCAGAGGGCCAGCAGCUCCCGGAGCAGCAGUAGUAGCAGUAGCAGCAGCAGCAGCAGCAGCGGCGGCGGCGGCGGCGGCGGCGGCGGCGGCGGCGGCGGCGGCUCAGGCACCCUCGCCACCGGGCAGGGACCAGACACAGUAGUAGCUCCCCCUACUCCCUUACUCCCCUUAACCCUUAGGGCAAGAAGGGCGAGAAAGCAUGCCUGCGGACUGCGCUCACCUCGCUUCAGGGUAAAGGGGACGAAAGGGGUUUUCUCCUUUUUUCUCCUUUUUGGUGAGGUCCGAUUGGAGCCUCGCCUAGCCCCACCUCGCCUCGCCCCACAUGUGGCCGGGACUAGGGAGGCUUCCACUCUACCACCGGGAGAGCAGAAAAACUGGAAAUGGUCAGGGGAAGAGGAGACUUUCCACCUGUACUGCACCAAAGGAACUGGCCCAAACUUCACCACGAGGGUCCGGACGCGUGGUGCCCACGGUUGGUGCAGACCCUGGUUAGACCUGGACGGCCAGCCUGAGGAGUCUAGGGCAGGAUCCAGGAUGGGACCACUCAGUACUGUCCUCAAGAAACGGAUUUUCAGUAAACUUUUUCAAGACCCAAAGACUGGAGCAUGGGGCAUGGUGGCACAUUUUCAUAAGGCAUCAGACAGGUUUGCUCCCCACCAUUACAGAAAACCAUAAAGCUCAUUUGAAGAAGACUUGAAAAAGGAAAGAGCCAGGACCGGAGGAUGCUCUGCGGCUUUGCUGGAGACCGUGCCUCGGUUGUGUAAAAGUGCUUAUAGUGCAGAUGAAGAAACUGACGGCAGCUAGCCCUCCAAUCCAGACCUUUUUGAUUCCUGAUAAAAUGACUUGAGGUCCUUAUUCUUUAAUCUGCCGGGGCUGAAAAGCAGCAGUCCUGAGAACGUGGUUUCACUGCCUCAUCUGGGCCACUGGAGAAGAGCUGAGAGCACUGGCGACCACUUGGCUUUGAGUGUCCUCUUUGGAAAGUUAGAUUGUAGGUCUUUAGGAUUUAAAUUCAGCUUCCUAAGCUAUGAAAGAGUAACUUGGGUUUUUCUAGUAUUGAAUGUUGUGUAAUAUUCUCUGGCAAAUAAUGUCUAUAAUGAACCUGGGAAAGAGAAAGAAGGGAGCCCUCUCCCCAGGAUUUGGAGUUUGGGGGGAGACCUGGGUUUGAGUCGCACCAGUACAGCCAGGAGCUAGCUCUUUGACCAUGGGCUAGUUAUUGGCCCAAAAAAUGUAAAAUGGCAUACUAAUUACAAAACCUAAUUCAAUUCUCUUUCUGGGCGGGAAGGCUUUGGAAAUGUAAACUGCUAAAGAAAUGUAAAUUAGUAUGUUCAACUUCCUGUUGCCCUGUAGUCUCCAAGGAAUUCUUUGUGCCCUUCCCCCACACUUGUAACUUGUAUGUAUUACCUCUUUGUAUAUAUUAUCUCUUCUCCCUUCCCUCUUGUAAAAUGGAAGCUCCUUGAGGGGCAGGAAUUGGCCUUGUGUCUUGGUGUCCUCAGUG